GCGGUGUUUGAGUUUGAGUGCUGCCUCAAAUCCGGCUUCAGUAUUAAAGGCUGCAAGUCUCUGAUCAGCGCUGCUGUCCUGCAAGCGCACCGAUGCGCGUUACUGUUACUGUUCAUCUCUGGUGAAUCAAAGAGCACGAGACCAAACAAUAAGCCAUCACACACGCUGGAAACUUAAACAGUUAAACAUGAGCUGAUUACACAAACUUAUUCAACAACUUUUUCAUAUUUUGGAGUCUUCCCCCCUGCAUUGCUGAUGAAGUGAGUUCAUGGAGAGCUUUUUUUUUGGUUCCUGUACAAGGACACAACUACAUUUGUUGGCAUGAGAAUGGCUUGAAGCGAAACGAGAGAUUUGCUGAAGAAUGCACUGAAGGGGAAUCAAAUGAAGAUUUCUACUGUCUGCAUGUGUUCUGCAAUAAAAGAUGAAGACGUUACCUCUUCAGCUUCUGCUGCGAUAGUAAGAAACCCAUGACAUAUAGGAUAUAUCUGUCGGAACUGGACGACUCUUCUGGGCAUUUGAUUUGAUGUUCAUCCGGCGAACAAAUGGAUCGUUUGGGACAAGCUCCUAAUAUAGAUCUGCUGCUUUGGAAUAACAUGAAGAGAAUUCAUAUGGAUUCUUGCCCUGCUCAUGGCUGACAAAGGUGCAGGAUCCAGUCACCUUUAGGAAGACCCUUAAACCUGGGAUUAAGCGUGGACUGAGAUUCAAAUGUGUCGAGGAUGCUAGUCACGGAUAUGUUAUGGUGCAAAGCUGGAUUGAUCGUAUCACUUUAAUCCACUUGUAGCCUCCCCAACCCCCCUACCCCACCCCAUGUCAGAUCUUCCCUAAAUUAUGGAAAUUUUUUGGAAGACGCUGACUUGGAUAUUUAGCCUGGUCUUGGCCGCUGCUGAAGCUCAGAUCCUUUCAUACAACUCUCAAGCGGAAUUCCUGUCCACGCUGGAGCACUAUCAGCUAACAGUACCAGUGCGGGUGAAUGAGAGGGGCCAGUUCAUGAGUUACACUGUGAAGCAUUACAGGCCUGGACGGCGGCGACGUGGACUGGACCAGGCUGAGCUGGACCACACUGAGACCAGGCUUUUUUACAAACUCUCAGCCUACGGCAAGCACUUUCACCUGAACCUGACACUCAACCCCAACCUGGUUUCUAAACAUUUCACGGUAGAGUACUGGGGCAAAGACGGACUAGACUGGCAGCAUUCAGUGGUCGAUAACUGCCACUAUGUUGGAUACCUACUGGAUCAAUAUAGCACUACAAAAGUGGCAUUGAGCAACUGCAAAGGCUUGCAUGGUGUCAUAACCACAGAGGACGAGCAAUAUUUAAUAGAGCCAUUAAAAAAUAUAUCCAGAAAUUUCAGUGACGUCAACCACGAUGGACAACCACAUGUUAUUUAUAAAAAGACUUCCAUUCCUUCUCUGCAAGAGCCGAGCGAGGAGUUCAGCUGUGGUGUUUCAGACCUCAUAAUAAACAGGACACCCAGCUACAAUACCAAUACUGAAGCAAACACACCUUACCCAGCCACGGAUGGCGACAGCUCGAUGGGUGGCCACCGCCAGCGGCGCUCUGUCAGCUCUGAACGCUUUGUGGAGACCCUAGUGGUGGCGGACAAAAUGAUGGUUGGCUACCACGGUCGCAAAGACAUCGAGCACUACAUCCUGUCCGUAAUGAAUAUUGUUGCCAAACUUUACCGUGAUGCCAGUCUUGGAAACGUUGUGAACAUUAUUGUAACCCGACUGAUUGUUCUGACAGAAGAUCAGCCCAACUUGGAGAUAAACCACCAUGCAGACAAAUCUCUAGACAGCUUCUGUAAAUGGCAGAAAUCCAUUCUUUCUCAUCAGGGAGAUGGAAACAGUAUCCCAGAGAACGGGAUCGCCCAUCACGACAACGCUGUUCUCAUCACAAGGUAUGACAUCUGCACCUAUAAGAACAAACCCUGCGGUACUCUUGGUUUGGCGUCCGUAGCCGGAAUGUGUGAGCCAGAGAGGAGUUGUAGUAUUAAUGAAGAUAUAGGCCUUGGUUCAGCCUUCACUAUUGCACAUGAGAUUGGACACAAUUUCGGCAUGAACCACGAUGGGAUCGGGAACUCCUGCGGGACCAAAGGUCACGAGACAGCCAAGCUGAUGGCGGCCCAUAUCACAGCCAACACCAACCCCUUCUCCUGGUCAGCCUGCAGCAAGGACUAUAUCACCAGCUUUUUGGACUCAGGUCGGGGAACAUGUCUGGACAAUGAGCCUCUGAAACGAGACUUCCUGUACCCCACUGUGGCUCCAGGGCAGGUGUACGAUGCAGAUGAGCAGUGUCGUUUCCAGUACGGUGCCUCCUCCCGUCAGUGCAAAUAUGGGGAAGUGUGUAGAGAGCUCUGGUGCCUUAGCAAAAGUAACCGCUGUGUCACCAACAGUAUCCCCGCAGCAGAAGGAACCCUGUGCCAGACCAGCACCAUUGAAAAGGGGUGGUGCUAUCAGGGUGAAUGUGUGGCGUUUGGGACGUGGCCGCAGAGCGUAGAUGGGAGCUGGGGACCUUGGACCUCAUGGGGCGAGUGCAGUCGUACCUGCGGCGGCGGCGUCUCCUCUUCCAUGCGACACUGUGACAGCCCAGCGCCGACAGGCGGAGGGAAGUACUGCCUCGGAGAGAGGAAGCGCUACAGAUCAUGUAACACUGACGCUUGUCCAGCAGGAUCACGUGACUUUAGGGAGAAGCAGUGCGCCGAUUUUGACAACAUGUCUUUCCGUGGGAAGUACUACAACUGGAAGCCUUACACUGGAGGUGGAGUGAAACCGUGUGCGUUGAACUGUCUGGCUGAGGGCUACAACUUCUACACCGAACGUUCACCCGCCGUCAUCGACGGCACGCGCUGCCAGGCCGACUCGCUGGACAUAUGCAUCAAUGGAGAGUGCAAGCAUGUUGGCUGUGAUAACAUUCUGGGCUCAGAUGCCAAGGAGGACAGAUGCCGUGUGUGCGGAGGCGACGGCAGCACGUGUGAGGUCACCGAAGGACUGUUCAACGAUUCGCUGCCCAGAGGAGGUUAUAUGGAGGUUGUCCAGAUACCAAAAGGAUCGGUUCAUAUUGAAAUCAGGGAAGUGGCCGUGUCAAAGAACUACAUCGCUUUGAAAUCAGAGGGGGAUGACUAUUACAUCAACGGAGCCUGGACCAUCGACUGGCCCCGCAAAUUUGACAUUGCAGGAACAGCCUUCCACUACAAGAGGCCGACUGAUGAACCCGAGUCGCUGGAAGCUUUAGGGGCCACCAUUGAAAAGUUGGUGGUUAUGGUGCUACUUCAGGAACAAAACUUUGGCAUCCACUACAAGUUCAAUGUGCCGAUCCAGCGUACAGGAAGUGGGGACAAUGAAGUGGGCUUCUCCUGGCACCAUCUGCCCUGGUCUGAGUGCUCAGCAACAUGCGCAGGAGGCUCACAGAAGCAGGAGGUGGUUUGUAAAAGACUGGACGACAGUUCUGUGGUUCAAAACAGCUACUGCGACCCAGACGGCAAACCGCCAGGGAACCAGCGACCUUGCAACACCGAGCCGUGUCCUCCGGAGUGGUUUAUCGGUGACUGGUCAGAAUGUGGGAAGACCUGUGACGGAGGCGUCCGAACACGCACUGUUUUGUGUAUCCGUAAAAUCGGACCCGCCGAGGAAGAAACCCUGGAGGACAGCCACUGUCUGACCCAUCGGCCAAUAGAACAAGAGUCCUGCAACAAUCAGUCCUGUCCGCCCCAGUGGGUGACGCUGGACUGGUCUGAGUGUACCCCAAAGUGUGGCCCUGGCUUCAAGCACCGCAUAGUUCUAUGUAAAAGCAGCGACCUGACCAAAACCUUCCCGCCAGCCCUCUGUUCUGACCACAACAAACCUCCAGUCCGUAUUCGCUGCAGCCUUGGUCGCUGUCCGCCGCCACGCUGGAUCCCUGGGGAAUGGGGACAGUGCUCUGCUCAGUGUGGACUAGGGCAGCAGAUGCGGACGGUUCAGUGUCUGUCAUAUACGGGACAGCCCUCCACCGAAUGUCCAGAGUCACUACGGCCAAACACCAUGCAGCAGUGUGAAAGCAAAUGUGACGCUACACCCAUCUCCGGUGGCGACGAGUGCAAAGACGUAAAUAAGGUGGCAUAUUGCCCAUUGGUGCUGAAGUUCAAGUUCUGCAGCCGUGCGUACUUCAGACAGAUGUGCUGCAAGACGUGCCAAGGACACUGACCCCGUGGAGAGAAGCAGAGACAGAUGCUGCAACGAGGAAAGCAAGAGAAAACUGGCAGAGAGAAAAGUCAACGCUGGGCACAGAAGAAGGAAGCCUGUCUCUCCCUAAUCAACACACACACAACUGCUUUUAGCCCUGUGGAAUCCAAACCACUGCUCAGCACUGCGCUGACACCUGUUUUAUUUUCACUUCUGUGAAGUGGGAAUGUAUAAAAUGAUCAUUAUUGUUGUUAUUUUUAUAAUAAUAAUAAUAAUAAUUGCUAUUGGUUAUUAUUAUUAUCAAUGUCUUUCUGUUGUUAGAAUCCAAAGUGCUGGACACAACACUCACAGAAGUAGCACGGCAGAGGUUUACUCCAAAGCACCCACAUAAGGGAGUUUGGGACAUUGUAGUAACCCUGGGACCUGCAAACACACUCCUAACAUGGUUCUGUUGGCAACACUGCAUUCAGGAGCAUUCAAACCGACAAUGAUUGCUCACACUGGCAGCAUCAGAUUGAUUGGAAGUCAUUUGUUUUGAAUAGGAGUUGGCGAUUUGAGGCAACAUGAGUGUCAGAGACUGUUUAUGGUGUGACAUAGUACCGUAACCAACAACCGGAGUGCAGACACUGUCAUUCAUGUGAUCCGGCAUCCAAUACAGCAGUCUGAUAGCAACUUUUCCAAACAUCUAUAGUACUGAAACUUGGUGACUACAACAUGCAUUAGGCUUAAGGGAAAAAUAACAAUCCAAAUGAUAUUUUUCACUCCUAAAAACAAAGUAGUAUAGAUCAGGGGUAACCAAAUCCUGCUCCUGGAGAACUGCAGACUUCAGUUCCAAGCUGCUCCAACACAUCUGCCUGUUAUUUUAACUAAACUCUGCAGGAUGGUAGCCUUCCAUGAGCAGGGUUGGUAUAGAUUGAAUUGACUUUUGGUUUUUGAUUAAAAGUACAGAUCAGGUGUGUCCAGUCCUACUCCUGUAAGGCAUAGGCUGAGCGUGUGUAAGGCUUGGGAAGGUUUAGCCCUUAGUCUUAUGGCAAAAAUGCCACUAAAUUGGACAAAAAUGCUCCUGCACUAACAAAUUAAAUAUAUUGCGUCUGUUGCUAACAAUGUGAAAAUUAAUAGAAAGUGUUGAUUGUGGCAUUAGAUUAAGAUCUGCUCAUGUUGCACCGGGGUUGACAGGUUUUUGCAACAAAAAAUGCCCAACUGCUACUCAAAACUAGCCCAAUCACGUUUCGAGGGGGGUUCCCUUCAUGGUAAAAAUCACAUUCCUGGGGUAAAAUACACGUUUUUCGGUGGGGAUCAUCUAGUAAUAUUCGCAUUCCAGGGUCUAAAUAUCCCGUUAUUGGGGUCGCUUCAACCUGCGGACAUGAAAAACAAACCGCGGCAACAGAGUUAAAGUAGCCCAAUUCCACGGGAAAAUCGCAGACUUGGCAACACUGUGUUGCAUCGUAUUGCAUUUUAGGCAUUUUUACAGUUUUUGUGCAUUAUAACCAAGCCCACACGAUUCUGUUGAGCUUAGGAAUGCAGUGGCUAAUCAGAGGCGUUCAGAUGAGUCAUCGCUGAAACUCAUCAGCUUUGUUGAGUGUGCGUGCGUUCGUUUACUGAAUUCCAGACUCUUGCAAAUUCUCUCAUCACAGCCAGUGUAGGACAGUGGCCCUCCUGGAGCAGGAUUGGACACCCCUAGAUGGUAAGGCAAUGUUGUUCUGCCUGACCUGUUUCUUUUUGCGGUUAGAUUGAGAUCGUACUAGAUAUGCAUGUGGUUUAAUUUAAAUCCGUAACUUGGAACUUCUAUGUACAUUUAAUCACUUGGCAAAUGCUUUUUACCAGAGCAACUUCCAUUGCAUUCAUAGUUUACAACCCUUGACCUUGGCAUGGUUUGAGCCAGGCUCUACCAUUUGAGGAACUUUUAAACUUCUAAACUAAAGUUGUUUUGACAAUAACUUUUGAAAGUCAGAUAGGAACCCAAUGGCCAAAGACAAACAGGGUAGUGUGAUUGGGUGCUUUGGUGCAGAAUUUGUGCAGAAGAAAUCUCAAUUAGAGCUUCAGUGUCCAGAUGUUCCGUUGAGUUAGCCACCUGUUUUACUGAGCUGAAUCACAUGACCACAGGCCAAAGAAUUGCACCAUUGUCUGACACUCGAACAAGGCCUGAAAAUCAGAUCAGUUCCAAAGGGACGUUUCUACUAUUGUGUCUCUAGAAUUAUUGUGGACUCCAGAGAGACAUUAAUUGAGAUUCUGACGUGAUUCUGCUUUAUGGAUCCAUAUUCUGCUUUAAAUUCUAGGGUUCUGACAUCUAUGCGUCUGUUCCGGGGACCGGCAUGUUCCAGACGCAAUAAUUUUCACACAAAAUGCGUGCUGCAGCCACACUCCGCCACAUUAUCAGCAGAAUACACAGACAAUCCAUCAGCAUGGGGAUGACUUGCUUGGAGAUCUCCAGGUCUGUGAUGCUGAUGCAUUAGUAAAGUUAAGUGAAGGGCCAGUGCCUGGGUAACCUGCCAGACCCCGCAGAUCCGGUCUGCCAUCGACUACCUCCAAAACACCCCCUCUUCCUCCUUCCCUGAGAUCACAGUGCUUCCAGCCCACACUCUUAAACCCUCCACACUCAAUGGUGCUUUUCUUUCCUCAGUGGAGGACUGUUUGUUCCACUGCCCUUCUUCCGUUCAUCUUUUGAGUGGGCAGCUCUUCUGGCCCCAUGGUGCUAUAAGACCUUGAUGCAUUCUGGGUAUGCGGUCUGACAGAAAACCAAGAAUACUUUAGCUCUGUUCCAAAUCCUAGUGAGCUCCCUACCUAGACCAUCUUUUUAAGGCAUCAUAGGUCUUUCUGGUGCAACGGUCAUUCCAAAAAGUAGGCUGUUCCUUUUUAUGAGACCCUUUUUUUUAACACAUUUAAAAACGGAAUCACAUUUAUUUUGUAAAGGCAAUCCCAGAAUGCAUUGCUCAGUGUCGGACAAAGUGAAAAAUAUUUGCUAUGCAUUUUUAUGCUUGUUGGACUUUUGUGUCAUUAGCUUAGCUACUGAAAUCAAUUGUGCAUCAUGUUUACUGCGCACAUAACAAAUGCUAUUUGUGUGGCAUGUGGGGUUGUUGCCUACAUAGUGUUUGAAAUCCCAUUACGAUGCUGCUUUAGGCCUGAAAUAUACUCUACACAAACAUGUUGGACCACGUCACAUUCUUAGCAUUGACACAUGUUAAGUAUGUUCAACAGGACCGCAUGUUAGCAUACUUGCCUAAGUCAUGUUUCUUGACAUGGAAAGCAGCUGACUAAGCCACACAAAGAAAAGCAGCUUGCUAGGUUUUGGAACAAAGCUUUUGUCCGUCUUUCUUUCUGCCCUUUUACUUCACAUUGGUUUAUGUUUGUAAACUUUCCAUCAACUCCAUGACUGAGUGACUUAACCCUGCUCUCUCUUAGCCAAGGGAACGUCAAGUGAUAGAGCAUCAAUUUUAGAUCUUACCUUCAUUACAGGACACAAUAGAUUAUUAAAAUUGAGAAGUUAUGGGACAUUUUUAUGUUUUUUAAUCAUACAACCAUUCUACUUUUGCUGCUGCUACUUUUUUGUAGCCACAAAUACAAUAUUAAUCGAUUAUGUAUUAUAAAAUGUUUAUACUGGGAUUAUUCAACAGUGAACAUUGAACAGUGGAAUUGUAGGCCCAACAUGCUGAGCAUCCUGUAAAAUCCUAAGGCUUGAAGUACAAGUUUACUGGCUUUGGGACAUGGACUCUCAAUAAAAAAAGACACUCAAAAAAAAGACACUCAAUGAAACUGGUACUGAUCGCUGUGAACUUGUGUCUUUGAAUGUCACAUCGUUUAACCUGUACCUAUAGAAGAGAGUUUUGCAUUUUUUAUUUUUUUUUUUUGUGAAUAGUUGCUUACAUUUUAUAUUCAGUAUUAUUAAUGUUGGUACACUUAUUUCUUUUUUUUUUUUUUUUUGUAAAUUAUAUGCUAAUUUAUUGCCAUGUGUCACUUGUCUUAUGUAUGUUUCACUGCAUGCAAACUGAAAUCUAGCCUAGUGAAAUUGAUGCAGUGGAAUAACACCCUUCACAAUCUUGUUUUAGUCUUGGUAAAAUGUGAGUUUGAAUGUGUCUUAUUUGCUACUAGAGUGCUCUUAAAACUACGUCAGAAUGCUUUUGUGUGACUCGGUGCGUUUGAGUGUGUGUUUGUUGAUAUGAUAUUACUGCACUGUUUCUCGAGGGCCAGUGCUCACAAAAAAAAUAAUAAUAAAUAACAGUAAAUGGUGUCAAAGGGUAAGGACAAAAAUAUUCCCAUAGUAACUUUAACAUUCUCAGUCCUUUGGCUUGUACCCUUGGUGAAUCCAACAAUAUGUAAUGGAUCCUGAAUAAAAUGACUUUAAAGGG